AUCAGCUUUCAUGCCUCUAGGUUACAACUUGUACUCACAAGUGAAGCAGUAUUUGAUCGGUGGCAAGGUACGUGCUCAUAAGCCCGUCCUGCUCAUGAUUGUUUUCCUCUUCAGCUCAGCAAAGAACAUCAGGAGAGUGCAGAAGUGGCACUCUUGUCUCCAAGGAAGAAGGAACGUGCAAAAACAGGACGACAGGGAUGGAUACACCUCUAAAGUAAAAGCUGACGAAAAGAAAUCGAAGAUCGCAUUCUUCAUCUCUCAAGCACCAUGUCUCGCCCUGCACACAGAAGACCAGAAUACCAUAAAAUCAACAAAGAUCUCUUUGUCCUCACCUAUGGAGCUCUGGUUGCCCAACUGUGUAAAGAUUAUGAAAAAGAUGAAGAUGUGAACAAAUAUUUAGAUAAAAUGGGAUAUGGCAUUGGAACACGGCUGGUGGAAGACUUUUUGGCUCGAUCUUGUGUAAGAAGAUGCCAUAGUUAUUCAGAAAUUACAGACAUAAUUGCCCAGGUUGCCUUUAAGAUGUACUUGGGGAUUACACCAAGUGUGACCUGUAACAAUUCAAGCAGGACUGAAUUUUCCCUGAUCCUAGACAAGAAUCCGCUGGUGGAGUUUGUGGAAGAGCUCCCCGCCGGGCGAUCCUCUCUGUGCUACUGCAAUUUACUCUGUGGGAUUAUCAGAGGUGCCCUGGAAAUGAUUCAUUUGGCUGCUGAUGUUACAUUCUUGCAAGACAGACUGAAAGGCGACCGUGUGACAGAAAUAGGAAUAACAUUUCUGAGAAAGCUAGAUGAGAAAAAAUACAGACGGAAAAAAUGAAGCAUUGCAUGCACAAUGCCACAGGGGGGCCAACUGAGGAUUAAUAUUAUCUAAACAUACAGAGCCAUAGAAAUUUUGAAUUGUUUAAUAAUAGCAUGGGCUUUAAAAGGCUUAUAUAUCAGCCAGAAAUUUGAAGUGCAGGGCACUAGGUUUUAAAGAUUUUUUUUCUUUGCUGAUAAAUUAUACAUUUUCAAUCUUAUGUCCAUUAGAUUUCAUAUACAAAUAACUCCUUAUAAGAUAGCAUAUAUGAAUUCACAUAUCAUAUAGCCCAUCCUAACAGAGUCCAGUGAUUUCAUUUACUUAUGGUAAUGGAAAAAAAAAAAAGCAUACAAACUACACAGUUGGUGUAUCCAUCCAUUCUCAUUGGAAAAAAUAGAUAAAUGAUACAAUAUAGAGUUCACGAUAUAGAGACAAUUUCUAGAUACUGUAUAUUGCAUUCUCUAUAGAAACAGUGCCAUUUAUAACACUUUUCCAUAUUUUUGAGUAACUAUGGGUAUGAUUUCUUUCAUAUAUUGGCUUGGUUUGUCACUUCAGCCUCCUGAAGCUGCUCUCUCUUGAUUUAUAAUUACCAAGGCAAGCUAUUUAUUUGCAUGCUAAUUCUGAAAUAUUUUUAAGGAGCAUUUAGUUUUAAUUCAUGUAACUUUUAGAUAGUAUUAACCAAAUGUCUUCCUAUUCUCAUGAAACAUUGCUGAUGGUCAGGCCAGGAAACCUCUAAAAUGAGAGGUAAAUAAUGUUUUUUGAAAAUACUUUCUUACCCCAAAGCUUAUUCAGUUAGAAUUUUUGCUGUCAUUUUUAUCCCCCCAAAAACCUUACAAAGCAUGCUUUGACUGUGGCCAGAACAUAUUUAAAAUUCAAAAUGUACUGGAUUCAAUAAACAAUAAUCUUUACCAGACCAUCAGCAUACGCAGGAAGCUUCUAUGCAGUCCAGAAUCUGCUGGGCUCUGCAGAGAACUGAAAUUCCAAGUAAGUUACAAUUAGUGUGGGUCCAUCAGUUAAAACUGGUGUAAAUGAUAUGAUCGUGGUAGACCUCAACUAGGACUCAGGAGCCUAAAGACACAGUCCCAGGUCUGUUUCUAGUGGAUUCAGCUGAUCCUAACUGGUGGCUCAAUCUUGGACAAGGCAUGUAAUCUCUCAAGUGCGCUCUCUCUCUCAUGUAUAAAAUGGCACAAUUGAAAAAAAAUAAAAAUUUAAAAAUUUAAAAAAAUUUAAAAAGGCACAACUGAACAUGGUAUCUUAAAUUAUAUAAAAGAGUUUAAAUGACAUCAAAAAACACUGAACUUCCACAUUUUUUGAUUUUGAAGACUAUGAGGAAAUGGUUUGUUCCCUACCCAUGCAGCUGUCUCUUCAAAAGGGCAUCGAGGUCAGUAUUAAGGACCAAAUAGGGUCACUGGGGCAGCUGCAGCAACCAUGGGAGGAACUUUAAGCCAGUUCCACAGAAGACCAGGUAGAAUCGGGAAAAUGAAUAUUACCUGACAUCAGAAGGGACAUCACAAUGCCAUGUAUUUUAAACUGAUGCCUCCAGAAGAAUGUUUGCCUGCCAUCCAUCCCAAAGCUUCUUUUAGGGAUGUUUCCAUCUUCUGUUCUGUUUCCUCUUUGCCUACACUCACCCCUCCAGGAACGCCAAAUACUCAUGUCUAAGGGCCUCCCUCUUAAAUCAGUACCCAACUAGCCCUCUUGUAAAUGUUCCAUGCUCUGGAGUAUUCUCUUACCUGACUACACCUUGCUCUCCUGUCUGUCCCAACCCAGCCAUCCAACUGCCUUGGCCGGCUGUCUUCAUGGCCCAUCCACCUGAAGACAGCUGACGAUGCGGAAUGUCAGAACCAGUGAUGGCUUCAGGAUAAGGCUCAUUCCCCAUCCUUUUAGUCCCCCCCCUCACCUUAGAGAGGGAGACCAGUCUUUUGGAUUGAAUUUGUGGUAUGGACAGUGACCUACUUAACCAAGAGAGAAGACUGUUUGUGCAGUAGUUCCCCCUUAUCCACAGGGGAUAUGUUCCAAAACCCCCAGUGGAUGCCUGAAGCCACGAAUAGUACUGAACCCUAUAUAUACUAUGUUUUUCCUAUAUAUAUACGUACCUCUGAUAAAGGUAUGUUGUUUAAUAGGUUCAAUUUUUAAAUUUAAAUGAAUGAAAAUUAAAUUAAAAGUUCAUUUCCUCAGUCACACUAGUCACAUUUUAAGUGUUCCGCAUGCAGGCCAUAUGGGCUAGCGACUACUCUAAUGUACAGCACAGGUCUGUAAUUCCCAGUCAAAGAUCCACGGGGUCUCCUUGACCUUGGACACCAAGAACUAAUGGGGAGGAUCCAGGUUAAUAGAGAGGGAGAAAGGAGACAGAAAGAAAAAGGUAAGAAAGACCAUCAGAGAUCAAUGAAAUGCUGAGUGGUGACCCAUAAAAACAGAAAAGUUUCUGUGUAAAGGUUUCAUACUAAAGGAAGGUUGCACACCAUCCUCUGGAUUCCAAGUGUAUUUUCACCCCCUUUGUGUGAGGCUGAGUCUUUCAUUAGAAAGUUUCAUUAGAAAGAAAUAAAAGCCUUGUGGAAGUUGCACAGUGUAAAUACAGAGUUUUUAUUUCAUAAAAGUCUUCCCUCUGAACCCCAAAUCUUGAUCAAAGCAGAGAUUUUUAUUGUCUUGGCAAAGCCAAAAGGGAAGAAAAGUUUGGGGCAGAGAGAGAGUUUAUUGCUGUUCAAAAGACAUCACCAGAUUCCUAUCUGAGCUGUUUACUGGUGAGACCUGCUGUGGGUGCCUAUUCACUGUUUGAGUUGCCAGGAAUCAGAAAUACUUCCCUCAGCAGUCCUCAUACUUGUUUAUUGUCUUCUCAAAGCUCUUAGGUUCAUCCAGUCAUUAUUAGAAGCCUGGCUCUCUUUAGCAGUUGGAAUGGACUAUUAUGAAUAAGUGGAAAGUUCCCUUUUCUCUCUGUUUAUGAAGGACCAAAGUAGAAAUAUGGAAAACCAGAUGCAUGAAGUGAGACAAUGACAUUAAAACUCUUGUAACCAAAGAGGCCACUUUAAUCAAGUUCUGCUAAAUGUUAACUUUUGUAAACGUUCAAAGAGAUGAUAUUAUUCAUUGUUAAGGGUCUGUCAGUUGGGACGGUAGACUCUGAGUGGUUGUUAUAUUUCACAGCCUCCUCCAUCAGCUAUGGAGGCUAAUUAAUUUCU